CACACGUUUCUAUAACCCAGAUUCCAGAACCACGUCUCUCCGGAAAAAAAAGGAGAAGAAGAACGCUCCUUCUCUCCUUUUUAUACUUUCGAUCAAAAUUCUUCACGAGGGAAACAAUUUCGAUUUCAUAAAUCACCGAUUCUCGAGGGAUGGCGGCGGUAAAUGGGCACCAAGGAAACACUCCGGCGGAGACAACCCCGGCGGCCACCGGAUCGAAACAACCUGCUCCUCCGGCUAAAUCCGUCGAUAGCCAAUCCGUUCUCAAAAGGCUACAAUCUGAACUAAUGGGUUUAAUGAUGGGAGGUGAUCCGGGGAUAUCUGCUUUCCCAGAGGAAGACAAUAUAUUCUGCUGGAAAGGAACAAUCACUGGAAGCAAAGAUACUGUGUUUCAAGGAACUGAGUACAGACUCUCCCUCGCUUUCUCCAACGACUAUCCUUUCAAACCUCCCAAAGUUAAGUUCGAGACUUGCUGCUUCCAUCCCAAUGUCGACCUCUAUGGCAAUAUUUGCUUGGACAUUCUUCAGGAUAAAUGGUCAUCGGCUUACGAUGUGAGGACGUUAUUACUCUCGAUUCAAAGCCUUCUCGGAGAACCGAACAUCAGCUCGCCAUUGAACAAUCAAGCAGCUCAGCUUUGGAGCAAUCAAAAAGAGUACAGGAAGAUGGUUGAGAAGCUCUACAAACCAUUGAACGCAUGAUUCUCGAUGUAAUUGGUACAGCUAUAUUAUGAUUUUCCAGAAGAAAGAGAAAUCACUGCUUUCAAUAGAUCAUGUUUCUUCUACUUUGUAAUCUCAGUUCGAGCCUAUAUUAGCAAAUCAAAGACCCUUUUUAUUA